CCUUGGAACUUGACGUCAUCCCCGGUCAGACACCUCAGACCAGACGGUCCGCGCACGACUCACGUGCGGCGGAAUGCGAUGAAAAUGAGCUCAAAGGACAGCAAAAGGUUCGCCGCUUCAGUCUGACCUUUAUUAUUUUGUGGCGUCAUGAAAAAACACUACAGUCCCGUCAAGCAACCGGCGGCGGCGGCGUCAGACGUCCCGGCGGCCGUGGCGGCGUCGGCGUUGACUCUGGGCGGCGAGGUGACCGUCCAGCAACUCAACGAGCUCCUGUCGAACGGCAGCGGCUUCUACAGCCUUCCGACGCAGCACUUCAACGAGGUCUUUCCGAGGAUAUACAUUGGCAACGCGUUUGUGGCCCAGAAUGCAAUGCGGCUGCAGAAGCUGGGCGUGACGCAUGUGCUCAACAUGGCGGAGGGCACCUCCUUCAUGCACGUCAACACCAGCGCCGACUUCUACGCCGGCACGGGCAUCGCCUACCACGGCAUCAAGGCCAACGACACGGAGCAAUUUGACCUCAGUGCCUUCUUUGAGGAGGGCGCCGUUUUUAUCGACAAGGCCCUCGCGCACAACAACGGCAAAGGGAAGGUGUACGUGCACUGCAGGGAAGGCUACAGCCGCUCGCCCACCAUGGUGGUGGCUUACCUCAUGCUGCGCCACAAAAUGGACGCCCGUCAGGCGGUGGCCACCGUCCGGCAAAAGAGGGAGAUCGGCCCCAACGACGGCUUCCUGCGCCUGCUGUGCCAACUCAACGAGAAGCUGGUUCGGGAGGGCAAGCUGAACGGCGAGAUGCUUCCUCAUUGUACGGCGGGCGGGUUCCGACACCACGACGUAAAACGUGCUCGACCGUAGCCUCGUGAUAGAUCACCGUGACAACAAAAUUUGGAGGGACUUUUAAGUACAGUAAAGAAGAUGCUCUAAGAUGGCCGUCACUCAUCCAGCGAUGAGCAGAUGAUCUUUAUGGGUCAAAAGGGCUUCUGCUGAACCGAAUAAACAUCAGUCGCUCGGCCGAGUCCGAGUUAACCAAAUGCUACAAGGACAACAGGAGUUGAGGAAGCGGCUGUCAACGGGAGACUUCUUAGUCUGAAGUUCUGCAGGAAUUUCCUCGCCGUUACUCAUCAUCCCCUGAUGGAUCCUGUUGAAAAACGCGCCGUUUUCAAGUGAAAUAUGUUCCGCGCAGGAUUAGAGAAGCGCAGUUUGUUUUCGUAGUCGACGUGUUUGACCUCGGAAAAGCGGCUUUGCUUGAAGCAUCGGCGGGUUUGCUUGCGGGAAGCAUGGCUAAGCUUCGCGAGUAGCGACACAAGUUUACACAACGUCACUCGACAGUUAGUCUACCGAGCGGAGGUUGACUCGGAAGAGUUCAAUCCAGCCACACGCACACAAAGUCCCGAAAGACGACUCAUAACUCGCUCCUUGAGAUACUCGCCGGGAAACUAUUCAAUAAAUUUGGUGGCCUUGCAAAACACUAUAAAGUGGUCAAUGUUACUCACUAUAUGGAAUAAGCUUUGAAACAAAGAACAGAAAUUUACAAGUUGUGAAUGCCCCAUUGCGAGUCUGUUCUGAAAAUAGCUUACCAGUCACAGGACAUUCCCAGGGAUGUUGUAGAAUAAUCAUUUGGGAAUAUAACUGAUGCAAAAUGCUUACAGCAAGAACUUUACUCCGAUCAUCGCCACGCAGACACCUAAGAGGAGGAGGGGGAAAGAGAGAGAAGUGGCAGCACAACAGCCCAAAGGAGCAAUGAAGAGUUUCUCAAUAGUUGGACAGAAAAAUUCACUAAUUGGGCUACCGUACCUCUCCUUGUUUCUGGCACACAUCACUCUGUGCCAGAUUUUAACCAGUGGUGGGAAAGGAUGUGAGGCAUGUGGAGGUGGAUUUUACCGCCGCAGUUUCAGCAAAGCUCCUCAAUCGCACCUUAACGGGGAACAGGCCAGUUUUCCUGAUUCACACGCACGCUCGAUGAUUAAAAAGGAGCGACGCACGCUUGAUGACCAAAGCAGACCGACUGGGGGGGGGGAAUCCUUGGGCUGGAGUCCACCUCUGGGAUGUCCCUACGUCGACCUUCAGCCCAAACUGUUACAAACCUGGCGUUUGAAGACUUUUUAUGUCCGUAAGAUUCCACGUUGCCUCUCACUGUCUGGACCACCUCAUUGUGGAAGCCCCCGCGUCGACACGGUCAACUAGCUGGCGUCAAUUUACCGAGGAGCAGCGAAUGAGUCCCGUCCGAGUCGCAGCUCUUUUGCUAGACGUCCCGCUGGCUGCCGGCCAACAUGGCCGCACGAAGAAACGAUGGGAUGUCAUAACCCCCCCCCCACCCCUACGCCGCCACGGUUUGAAGAGAUCCCCUCCUGGACAACAUGCAGUCAGCUUCAUGUCGCAAUAACAAGGAUUCUGCAUUGACCCACCAAGGGAGGACCUGAAGAGAACCGCUUCCCCCGUCACAGUAAAAACAACGCCUGCCGGAACCUGGUUGGGAAACCUGGAGAUAGACGAGGAGAACCGAAAGAGAGCAGAAAGCAACAACACGAUUUACAACAUCUGUUUGGACCUCGUUCGGGAACCCAGGCGAGUAGAACUGUUGACCCAAGCGACCUCCAUUGUUUUCUUCACUUCCCUGUCACCGGAAUGCGUCUCAAUACUUUUGACCGCGCGGCGGUGGCUGUCGAGGAAGUGCCGAUGCGCGAUUAAAUGAUGUUAGCAUCUCGAGGACCGUUUGUCUUUGUGGUAGCAAUGAGUCCCACUGAUUUGACAGGGAAAGUGCGAUCGCAAGAUGAAAUGAAAAAAAAAAAACGCGACAAUCACGCAACAUGUGUUUGUCUUUUCAUGUUUGCGACUUGAAAGAACGACGACAGCAACAAAAAUCUCUAAUGAGUGUCUCAACGAGGACACAAAAGAGCGACGGCCAAGCGUCUCCAUGGAGACAAUAUAGAUCUCCUUUAUGCGUUUGUGAAAGAGAAGACUGCGCCGCUUCGCUAGCGACAAAGCGGGAAGGAAGUACGGCCCCACCCUUUUGCUCUACCUGACUGCCAUUGAAGGGGGGGUGGGUGUGGGGGGGGGGUGUCACGGUGCAGGAUAUUGUUACUAAUAAAGAGAAGAAAGAGGCUAAGCGCUGCCAGCCAGCUGCAAUUAAACAUGAAUACUGUUAUUGUGUUGGUGGGCUGAGGCGGGACCUGAGCGGAACGUGGCUCGGCUUGAUUUACGGAAAUCCCGAGAACACGUCGUUUUGGGUUUUUUUUUGUUGUGUUUGUUGAAGUCGAAUGUUUGGAAUUUUGACAAUAGGCUUAUCUUUACCUGCGCAGUUUGAGAGAUUUUUUUUUUUGACUGGCGUCUUGUUUUAACUGGCACAACUUAUUGCAGAUUUUCUAUCAUUCAGGGG